UGCCGGUAGGGCUGGGAGACUGGGAGCGGGACCGUCAGGGCUUACGGGGGCCCUUGAGUGGUGCCCCCGAAGAUAAGAGCCUGUGCGCCCCGAGGACCCGGGGAGAAGGGCGCGGCGCCGGACCACCCGCUGUACUUUCGCAGCAUCACCCAUCUCCGGGUCGUCUUCUCUCCUCGCCCUGCCCAGCUCCGCCCAGGUCUCCACCCGAGCCGCUGCUGGAUCUGGACUCUCUCGGCCUCGCGGAAUUCGGACUUUCAUCACCCCCACCCACCGCAUGUGGCUCCUGGAGAAAGUUGGCUACAGGGUGGGGACCGCGGAGCCCAGGGCCGGGUGGGCGCUCUCUGGCCUGUUCCCUAAGCGCCGCGCCCCAGGCCCGGCUGCGCGCGCCUACCCCAACGUCCUCACACCGGAUCGCAUCCCGCAGUUCUUCAUUCCGCCUCGGCUCCCGGACCCAGGCGGCGCCGAGCCCCGGGCCGGGCGCGACUCGGGCGGGCGCGGCCUCCCCGCGGCCUGCUCGCUGCCGCACCUGGCGGGCCGCGAAGGCUGGGCCUUCCUGCCCGAGAGUCCGCACACGCGCCGGCGCGAGUCCCUGUUCCACUCGCCGCCGCCCGCCCCCACUGGGGGGCUUCCCCCGGCGCAGUCCCGGCUGCACUUCUCCACUCCGGACCUGCGCCUCUGCCGGGCCCCUGACAGCGACACGGCCUCGUCACCCGAUUCGUCGCCCGUCGGCUCGCCGCGGCCAGGCUCCGGCGAGCCCCGGCCGUCCAGGCCGCACUCGCUGUCCCCGGAGGAGGCGAGCUCGGCCGACACCAGCCCGUACGCGCCGCGCCGCGCGGGGCCCCCCACGCUGCCGCUAUUCCACCUCGACUUCUUGUGCUGCCAGCUGCAGCCGACCAAGGACAGCGUGCUGCGCCUCGGGCCCCGGGGCGGGCAGCUGCGGCUCUCGGCCGAGUACCAGGCCGGGCCUGGGCGGCUGCGGCUGCGCCUAGUCAGCGCCGAGGGCCUGUCCCGGUCGCAGGCGGGCCCCGGGAGCGGCGGUGGCGGCUGCUGCGUGGUGCUGAGGCUGCGACCGCGCUGUCGGCCGCGGGGCCAGCGGAGCCGCGUGGUCAAAUGCAGCCCCAACCCCAUCUUCAACGAGGACUUCUUCUUCGACGGGCUCCGCCCACCAGACCUGGCUGCCCGCACUCUGAGAGCCAAGGUGCUGGACAGGGGCGAAGGGUUCCGCAGGGACGUGCUGCUGGGCAAGUGCGAGGUGCCGCUGAUUGCCCUGCUGCCUCUCUUGGGUGGGGAGCUAGGUUCAGGGGCCUCCCUGGCUCCUGCCCAUCUCAGCCUGUAGACUGAGAGACUGUCUCUUCCUCGGAAGGUCUCCAUUGGGUCUGCAGUCGUUCUUUCCAUCUGCCAGACAUGUAUUUAUUUUUGCUCAUAAAAUGUCUGUUUUUCUCUA